GUUACCAUGGCAUCUGGACCCAACAUGAGGGCUCCCAUUUGUUUGGUGGAAAACCAGAAAGAGCAGCUGACAGUGAAUCCAGAAGCAGUAAAGGUUCUUGAAAAGAUUACUCAGCCUGUGAUGGUGGUGGCCAUUGUAGGGAUGUAUCGUACGGGGAAAUCUUACCUGAUGAACCGCCUGGCAGGACAGAAACAUGGUUUCCAUCUGGGCACCACAGUGAGAUCUGAAACCAAGGGCAUCUGGAUGUGGUGUGUACCUCACCCUUCCAAGCCAAAAUCUACCCUUGUUCUUCUGGACACUGAGGGCCUGGGGGAUGUGGAAAAGGGUGACCCUAAGAAUGACUCAUGGAUCUUUGCCCUGGCUGUGCUUCUGAGCAGCACCUUUGUCUACAACAGCGUCAGCACCAUCAACCACCAGGCCCUGGAGCAGCUGCACUAUGUGACUGAAUUAACAAAGCUCAUUGGGGCAAAAUCUUCUCCCAGACCUGACGAAGUAGAGGACUCCACUGAGUUUGUGAGUUUCUUUCCAGACUUUGUUUGGACUGUACGAGAUUUCACCCUGGAGCUGAAGUUAAACGAACGUACCAUCACAGAAGAUCAGUACCUGGAGAAUGCCUUGAAGCUGAUUCCAGGUAUCAGAACAUGAUCUGAGUGGUAAAGUUUCAGAAGCGGGGUAGGAUCAACUAAGUUCUGCUAUUUAUCCCUUGAC